AUGGACCCCCAAGCUUGCCCACCCAGAAGCGCCCUGCUUGCCGCCCUGAGGAACGAUGGCACCACGGAGGAGCUCCGGGGUAUCGGGUAUGACGUGGACCUACAGGGGAACUGGUUGGCCAACUCGUUGAUCUUCACCGCGGAUCGGCUCGAGGGCAACCUCGACAACCUCCCACAGGCCCCCCGCCAGAUCCUCGAACGUCACGCCGCUGCGUACACGUCCGUUGUUCCUACCAGGCCUGCCCACGUCCCUGUCGGGCCAGUCCCGAGAUCGUCUGGGCAGACUCGCCUCUCCGGUGCCGGCACCUGGGGCAAACCUUACCCAGACCCAUGGGUGUUGCCCAGGGGCGGAACUGAAGCCUGGAAGCGCAUGCAUGGGAUGGCCUCCUCGCCUACUCCCACGCCAACUCCCGCCCCCUUGAUGACAAUGCCGUUUGCAGAUUCGUCCGCCAUCGCUAGUCCCGGAGUAUACCAGGACGACGACGACGACGAUGAGGAUGAAGACGAAGACGCAGACGGAGAAUAUGAGGCAGACCACGACUGGUACGCAACAUCCGAUGAUUACGAGCUGUCGCAUCUUUCUUCCGGCUUGCCCCCCGCGGUGGUCAUAGCUCCGACUCCGGCUCCGACUGCCGCCGGACCUGGUGCCCACUUGCCUGCCAGCCUCAUCAUGUCGCCGGAAUCUACAGCCCCUUCGUCCUUUGUCCCUGUUGGCGAGGAAUACCGAGACGACAAGAAGGACGACAAGAAGGACGACAAGAAGGACGACAGAGACGACAUUGAUGACGAAGAUGAGGAUGCAGAGGUCGAAUACGAGGACGACAAGUGCACACAUCUCCCUCUUAUUGCCCCGAAUCCCGGCGUCCCUGCUGCCGCUGCCCCUACCGCCAUCCGUCUCACCUCCAACCGUUUCCCUGCUGGCUUCCAGCUCUGGAUAACGACAUACCGCAAGCGCAACAAACGCUUUCUCGUGGGCCCCAACUACACUGGAGGGCCCAUCCAGCUUCCUCCGAAGACCUUCGAGUUCCAGUACACACUCGACGAUGACCCGAAACGGCAGGAGGGUUGCCGCUGGUGUGGUUGCAGCAACUGGCUGUGGGACCCUUACUUCUUCAUGAGAACAACCAAUCCCGACGGCCGCCAGGAUACGUGCAACCGAUGCGUUUUCCGUUCAGGGACCAAGGAGGCGACACGACACCAGGAGCUCAAUGCCUGGUUGGUUAUUCGCCAACCAGUCAUGUUCUGGUUGACUAACAGCGACCUCUGA